AUGGCUACCCCUAGUGUCCUUACCUUUGAUGCUGAGGUUCGGGCUGUUGACUUUGAGGUCUGGGUCGAUGACUUGCAACUUUUCCUACAGUGCGAUAGGGCAGCCGGUUUCUCCCUUUUCGAUCUCACGUCUGGUGCCUCUCCUGCCCCGCCUGCUGAUGCUGAUGCCACUGUUCGCUCACAGUGGGCCACGCGCGAUGCUGCUGCUCGCCUUGCUGUGCGCCGCCACUUACCGAUCGCUGAGCGCGCGCACUUUAGGCAGUACAAGAGUGCUAAGACCUUGUACGACACUGUCGUUGCACGCUACUCUUCCCCUGCCACUGCAGCCCUUAGCCGCCUCAUACUGCCGUACCUCUUCCCUGACCUCGCCGCUUUUCCCACAGUCGCUGACCUCAUUACGCACCUACGCACUAGUAACAUUCAUUACCGCGCUACGCUUCCUGCUAAGUUCUGCGCCAAGAACCCCACCCCUUUGUACAUCACCCUCUACUACAUAGUCACCCGGCUCCCUGACACCCUUCGCUCGGCCAGGGACCUCUUCCUCUCUGUUUGCCCCACCACCCUCACCGUAGACCUCCUCGAGGAGCGCCUCCUAGCAGCAGAAAAGAGUAUCGUUGCUAGGGCAAGGGGGGCAAGGGCGCUGGAGGGGCUGGCGGGGCCGGUGGAGGCGGCAGUGGAGGCAGCAGAGGGAGUGGGGGUGGCGGUGGGGGUGGUGGCGGGAGUGGGGGCGCUAGUGGCGGCAGUGGAGGCGGAAGAGGCGGCGGUGGUGGCGGUGCGAGUGGAGGUGGUGGAGGUGGAGGCGGUGGUGGAGGUAGCGGCAGCGGAGGUGGAGCUGGUCGUGGCGGCUCUUCGCAGAGUGUCCGCUCCGGUGGUGGUCAGCGCCAGCAGCAGCGCACUCGUGAGACCCCUUCCCCCCAGCAGCUUCGUGAGUGGUACACUACUCAUCAGUGGGGUAGGGGUGCUGGCCCCUGUACCUACGGCGGGUGCUGCGAUCUUUGAUCUUGAUUAUGAUGCUAUUCUUGCUGCAAUGUAUGCUGUGACUAUUAGUGAUGAGGGUGACUGUUACCGGUGUUUUCCGCCUGACACGGGCAUUGAGACUGCUGCUCUAGGUGCCGGUGAGGCUGCUGCUCUAGGUGCUAGUGCGUCUGCUGCUCCAGGUGCUGGUGAGUGUGCUGCCCCAGGUGCUGGUGAGUCUGCGCUCUCAGGUACCGCGUCAGCUCUGGCCACCCGCACCUUCACCCUUGACUCGGGUGCUUCCCGCUCCUUCUUUCGAAACCGCACUACGCUUACACUACUUAGUCGGCCAGUGGCGGUCUCCCUGGCAGACCCCUCUGGGGGUCCUGUCCUUGCCCACUUGCCCCCUCUGGGGGUCCCUGGCAGACCCCUCUGGGGGUCCUGUCCAACGCCGUUGGAGGGGUUGGUGUGA